AUGACGGCUACAGUUGCUUCUUCGUUGGGAUUCACCUAUAAUAUGCCGUCGAUGCAUCAUGCUGAACCGUUAACUAUGGAAGAGUAUGUUGCGGAUAUACCCGUACAAAUGCUUGAUGUCGAGGAAAUGCUUCUGCAACAACGUGGAUCAAGACCGGUACCAUUCACUGGUAUGGACAAAAGUGGUCGUGGUGUUUGCGUGCGUAAC